GUUUAAGAGGAUUGAAGGAGAAUGAGAAUGGGAAGGUAUAUUGGAUCUUUGAUUUUAUAUUAUCCUUUUCUUGAUCCUUUUGUCGGAUGCCUUUUUCUUCUAUCAUCUUGAAGAAGUGUGACUGCAAUACAACCUCGCUGUUCAAACCCAAAGCAUGGACAAGGGGGCUCAUAUUAUUGAUCCAGAGGGAGAGGUGAUAAUUAGGUUGCUGAAUGCAAAUGAACCAUUCGCAGCCUGGAGUGAGGAAGAGGAUAUUGAGGUCGUGACAUCGCAUCAUGAUGAUGCGCUAGAACCAGUCAAGGAAGUCAAUCCUGAACCAUCCCCCCGUCCGUUCAAAUCUUCCCGGAAACUGAAGAAAGGCAAGAAAAAGAAGGCGAGUUCUAGACCUCUUUUCAAGUCCCCUGCGGAGCCACCUUCGCUUGCUGAGGUGCCAGCUGAGGAAACUGUCCCUAUAGCAGACUUGGCUUCGGAUGGCGCGGUUAUCGAACCAUCCCCAGCCCCAGAAAACGAACCUACUGUUGACUUGCAGUCUCCCACUGCAGAGCCGGUUGAAGAAGGGGUUGAAGAAACUAAUGAAGCUAUCGAGUCAUCGAAGUAUGAUGGGGAUUUGCAAAACAAAGAGUAUACGAUCCAAGUCUCUGCAAAACAUUUGGCCUUUGCUUCGCCUGUUUUUAAGACGAUACUUGCCAGCGGAUGGAAGGAAGGCAAUCACCUCCUCAGUGAAGGGUCAGUGGAGAUUGUCGUCGAGAGCUGGGACAUCGAUGCUCUCUUGAUCCUGCUGAAUAUCAUUCACUGUCGACACCGGAACUUACCCCGGAAGAUCAGUCUCGAGCUUCUUGCCAAAAUUUUCGUUUUGGCAGACUAUUAUAUGUGCGUUGAAGCAGUGGAAUAUUUUGCAGGCCACUGGAUCAGCAACCUCGAGGAAAAGAUCCCUGCCUCAUAUUCAAGAGAUCUGUUUCUCUGGAUCUGGAUAUCAUGGAUCUUCGAGCGUUCUGCCGACUUCAAAUGUGCGAGUUCGGUCGCUAUGAGGCAAGCUACCGGGUUAAUCCAUUGCAACUUGGGGCUACCAAUCCCUGAUCCCAUUAUCCAGGAGAUGAACCAAAAGAGACUGUCGGCGAUUUGCAUCAUCGUUGACGCCCUUCAUGGCCAACAUGAUCAACUGACCCGCAGUGACGGAGACAACUGCUUCGACUGCAGUUCGAUCAAGCUUGGGGCUCUCACCAAGGAGAUGUACGCGAAUUCCCUCCUUCCGAAGCCCACCGCCCCCUUUGCGGGCAUCAGUUUCGACAGGCUUCAGACGACGGUGGGUUCCUUUAGGAACCCACGUUCGGACGCGGAAUUAGGUUAUUAUCGCUCGAGAGCGAGUUGCCACCAGUGCGCAUGCACGGAUUUAAAUAUUAGAUUCUUACCAAAUGGGGUCCAAGAUUUGGUUGCAGGCUUGAACUUGGAGGGAUUUCAACGUUGAUACAGAGUAGACAACUCUUCUAGGAGACUGCUGUGGUCGGACCUGCUGGACGUGGCAUUUUUGUGGCCAACAAUGUUUAUUUGGGUAUUUUCAGUAUAUUGAAUAUAGAUUAAGUAGUUCAUCCAGGUCAGGUAGACAUGACAUCGGUCGGACAGCAGCUGGCGUGUUGCACGGUCAGUUGUCCGUUUCUGCAACCUUGCAAGCGAGCUGGCCCACCGAUGCUUUGUUACCGUCAACUUAAUUCUGAUAUUAAUUCCUGACUGUGUCGGAG